GAGCAAUCUAUUUCUCCGCAUUCCGCGCGCGCAUUGCAUUGUCUCUCUUGGCUUUUGGACACGUCUUUAGAUAAUUUCACCUAGGAGGUUUGUUGUUUUGAGGGUAGUAAGCUCGUGUAGUUGAGUUCAUUUGCUAUUGUGCAGUGCUACUCUUGAGCUGCAGGCCGGUUGUGAACGGAAACUACCGGCAGACUUCAGGUUGUGUAGUUGGCACCAUCGUACCUAUCCUAUUCGACUCUGCGUUGCACAACCACACUCUCGCGACUCCUACAUUACCACCAAUACUACCGACAUAAUGUCAUCAUCGGCACGAUAUCGUCGUCCUGCAAAGGAUAAUGCGCCCACGGAUGCGACGAACUCGGCUGGAGUCCCGGAUCUUGCGGCUGCAAAGGAGAAGGCUGAGCUCAAGCAGGCGGUCAAAGAGCAGGCCGAGGCAACGUCAGAUGGCCUGUCAGUACUAGACGUACUGCGUAUACUGGGCGGACUGGUACUAUUGAGCUGUGGACUGAGCUAUCUGAGUACCAGCGGAGAAAGCAUGACAUGGGGCUACAACCCAUGGUGGACACGAGCGCGAGAAUGGAAGAGUCUAAUUCAAGGCGAAGUCGUCCUCACCGACAACGAACUCGCACUAUACGACGGCUCCGAUCCCAAGAAACCCAUCUACCUCGCCAUCAACGGCACAAUCUACGACGUCUCCAUCUCGCCCACCACCUACGGCCCCGGCGGCUCAUACCACUUUUUCGCCGGCAAAGACGCCGCCCGCGCUUUCCUAACUGGCUGCUUCGCCGAAGAUUCAGUCCCGGAUCUACGCGGUGUAGAGCAAAUGUACAUGCCCGUUGACCCCGAGGAAAAGGCCUCUCUCACCCCCGAGGAACGCGCCGCUGCAAUGGAGAAAGCACGCCACAGGAAGAAGCUCAGCAGUGGCGAGCUGAAGAAUCGACACGCGCAGGAACUCAAGAGUGCGAAGAAACAGGUUGUCGAUGGCUUGGAGGGCUGGCAUAAGCUGUUUAGGGGUGAUAAGGGGAAGCCGUAUCGUCGUGUGGGGUAUGUGAAGAGGGAGAAUGAUUGGCUGGAGAAGAUGCCUAAGAGGGGGUUGUGUGAGCAGGCUGAGAAGGGGAGGCCGGUUCGGAAGUAUGAUUAGAGUAUGAAGGGUAGAGAAAAAGGGGGUUAAGAAAGGCAGGUUGAACAUGGGGAGUAGAGUGUAUGGUGCAUUGCAAAGUAAAUGUUUAGUGUCCGCCGAAAUCUCGAUUUUGUACUCAAACAGGAUAAUUACCUUUUUUUGUUCAAAUAAAAAUCGACAUGUACUGUGACU